GCUAGUCUUCAACAGGAGUUGAUACGUGACGGACGAAGUGAUCUGUGAACACGAACGUAUAUUUUGGAAUAAGUGAUUUGUUUUUGUUUUUCUUGCGAUGCUGUGUUCACGGUAGCAUACAGUAUGAAUGAGUAUAGUCGGACCACGGGGUCAGUGGUGCUCCAAGUGGGUGCCUUGGAGCUGCUGGCCAGGUAUUCCAUGAACACCAACAGGGUGACCAGCGUCUUGUCCUCCCUACACGAGUUCAGGACGCAAGAAGCCGAGCAGACUGGAGGGAAACAGUGGAAUUGGAAGUAUUUAAGGGAUCAAUUCGACCAAAAAGAUCUGGAAGGUUUAUAUAGAAAGUACGAUGAUAAGUUGAGGGAAACUCUCGUUUUUAUUUAUAUAACUCUAUUAGUUACAUUUUCUACUAUACACAUAGUUUUAGUAAUAAUUGGAACAUACACACAGGAUAUUCAAUCCCAAUCAACCUAUCUCUCAAUGGGAAUGUAUAUUUUAAGGAUAACAGUCCCCAUACUGUUCUUAUGGAAAUGCUUCUACGAUCCGUUGAAGAAAAAAUGGUUUUGGAUGCCAAUAUUCGUCACUUUUAUUAUCACCAUCGAUCUGGUUAUAACUGAUGUUGCAGUGCCAAUAUACAGCUUCUUCGAAGGCAUAUCUCUGAGGCCAGCCUACUCUACGAUGGCCCUGCUCUCUAUUUACAUAUUUCUACCAAUGAGGAACAAUUUUCUUGCCAUAAUCCUGGGUGUGACUGUCAGCGUGAUCUACGUCCUGAUAUUUGCCUUCUUUACGUACUUUGAAAACCCUCAAAUAGGGGUGGUGGUAAGGGUAGCUUCUGACAUAAUCUACCAAAUCGGCGUGAACCUCAUGGGCAUUUACUUCAGGCUUAUGAAUGAGAUAGUAACUCGGAGAUCAUUCCUGGACAGGCGAGCGUGUGUGGAGAGCACACUAAGGCUGAAAUUUGUCAAGGAUCAAGAGGAACGUCUGAUGAUGAGUAUACUUCCAGAACACAUCGUGUCCAAAGUGAGAGAAGAUGUCCGGAAGAUGUUUUUGGGUUUGCAGUCGCGCAGCCUGAGCUACAGUAUAAGAUCAUUCACGCAGCUGUAUGUGCAGGAACAUGAAAAUGUGAGCAUCUUGUACGCCGAUAUAGUAAACUACACCAUGAUUUCAACUACACUUUCUCCAAUGAGGAUGGUGGAACUACUGAACGAACUGUUUGGAAGGUUCGAUGAAGCGUCUGAGGAACAUGACGUAUUAAGGAUAAAGUUCUUGGGAGACUGCUACUAUUGCGUCAGUGGUAUACCUAAACCGACAAUUUUACACGCUAAGAACUGCGUUGACCUUGGUUUGGAAAUGAUAAACAUCAUCAAGGACGUGAGAGAGAAACGUUCCUUGAACAUUGACAUGAGGAUAGGCGUGCAUUCAGGCCGCAUCUUGAGCGGGCUCAUCGGCAUCAAGAAGUGGCAGUUCGACAUCUGGUCCAAGGACGCCACCAUCGCCAGCAAGAUGGAGUCCACUGGACAAGCAGGCAAAGUGCACGUAACAAAACAAACACUGGAACUGAUACUGGACUAUGCGCGCGAGUACAUCAUCGAGCCAAACUUUGCUUCGCAGAGCGAUCCGUGCAUCAUAAAGAACAAAUUGGAAACGUUCCUUUUGUCAAGACCUGCACGGCCACUCGAGUACAAACCAUUCAGAAGAGCAUCUGUUGGAAUCAACAAAAUCAUGACCAAAAACACCAGCGCUAGACGAUCGGAAAAUAGAAGUUCAGUGGGUACUCAGAGAAGGACCACAACGUUCAUGGAUGAAAAUCUCGUGGAAUACCAGCAAAUGCUGAAGGCCGCAGACGCGCAAAUGGCUAAGGAGAUCGAAGAUAUGACAAAUGGAAAGGUUCAGUUCCAAAAGGAGUCAAGGUUGAAUCGGUUCACACUGAUGUACAAAAAGUACUCCACGGAGAAGGCAUUCCUGUUGCUUCCAGAUCCACUGUUCAAGUACUACAUAUUGUGCUGCCUCAUCAUCUUCAUAUUGAUCCUGUUGAUAAAUGGACUGACUAACAACUGGUUCAGAGGAUUUCAAUGGUACACAUGGAGCGUAUUCUCAUUUCUGAUGAUUAUGUUGAUCCUGAUGCAGCCUCUCGCGUGGUUCCACUUCUUAUGGACAAAAUACAAGGGCGUCGAAGAGCCUAGAAACAAGUUCCUCAGAUACAUAUACGAUUGUUCUGCCAGCAUCAUCAGAUCAGCCAAGAUAAGGGCAGGGAUCUAUUUGGUCAUCGGCAUGGGAUUGGGCGCUACGUCUGCCAUGAACGUCAUAGGAUGUUCAGAAGUAGAGGUGGAUGAUCCUUAUUCGACUGAAACUGUGCUGUCGAACUGCGUCUCGUCGUGGCAUGUCACACAGUGUUGGGGCUUAGCUUUGCUCCUCAACUUCCUAUUCAGCAGAGUGUUCUUCGUCUUUAAAUGGAUCAUGGCUGGCGCGAUGACCACCUUCUACCUGUGGGUAGUAUGGGAAGUCAAAACCGCACUAUUUGCGGAAGAUGUAACCUGGAACGUUGGUCUCGACCCUCGAGUGUCUCACACAUUGUCUGUGGUGUUCAUAACCAUUGCUUUGUACUGGAUCGAUCGGACGACAGAGUAUAGGAACAGGUUGGAUAAUCUGUGGCAGAUUCAGCUCAAUGAGGAGCAGCAGGAGGCCGAGACUAUGUUGAAGGUCAAUAAUAUGUUGUUGGAGAAUAUACUUCCAGCUCAUGUUGUGCAAGUCUACCUCAACCUGAACCGAUCCAUCGACGAGUUGUACUACGAGAACUACGACAACGUGGCGGUGAUGUUCGCCUCAUUGAUCGACCACAAGCUGGGCCUGGACAACGAUGUGGAUAUGAGUGACAAGUUCGUGCUAAGGAUUCUAGAUGAAGUUAUUUCUGAUUUUGACAGACUACUUCUCACAGGUGAAUCCAUAUACAAAGUGGAGAAGAUUAAAGUAGCGGGCAUGUCGUACAUGGCCGCUUGCGGCCUGGACCCCAGCAGGCGGGAUUCCCUCAACUCCUCGUCGAACAUCUCCACAUAUGGAGGCCAGAACAGCCCGUAUGAUAAAGCCAUUGUGCUGACAAUGGUGGAGUUCGCGGCAGCCAUGAUGAUGCAGCUGCAGAAGUUCAAUAGAGGCUCCUUCCAGAGUUUUGAAGGACUGAAUCUUAGAAUCGGCAUUUCCAACGGGAAGGUCGCGGCGGGGGUGGUCGGGUCGCUCAAGCCGCUCUAUGAUAUAUGGGGGCACGCCGUCAACAUGGCCUCUAGGAUGGACUCCACUGGUGAAACGGGUAAAAUUCAAGUUACAGAAAACACAGCUAUCAUCCUGGACGAAUGCGGUAUCCUCACGACCUACCGCGGCGAAACCUUCGUGAAAGGCGCCGGCUACAUAAAAACCUACUUCGUUCCGCUUGACGAAAACUUCAAUCUAAUCAGAAAAGAAAACAGCUUGGACUUCUACAGAAUCGAAGAUCGAACGCGGUACUACGAUAUCAGAAACAAUAUUCUUGGAGAUACCUCUUCUAAUAAUUCGUAUGCUUACGAAUCCACUUUGGAUGACAUGUCGAGUUACGAUGAGGGUAAUGAGACCGAUAAUAGUUCUGUGAACGUAAAACAAUUGAAUGGGUAUGGAACAAGAGACUUUUCGGAUGAUGAUAGUUAUUCUUCAGAACCGGAGAUAAGAGAAACUCGGUGUUAAAACUAGUGUUUUAGAAAGCUGGUGUUUUUAGCAUUCUUUCUCAGCAGCAAGUGUUAUCGUAAAGUUUCUGAAAUACCUAUAAAAUCAUCAUCUACAUUUCAGCCAUAGGACGUCCACUGCUGAACAUAGGACUACCCCAACCUACACAAAUAGGUACUGAUGUGAUACUCGCAACUUUAUAUUAGUACAAACGCUUAAACUGUUUACUAAUAUUUAAAAAAAAUGACACACAAGAAAUCAUUUAUGUUACACCCCUUGUUGUCCAAAGUUACCAGGUUGGGAACUGUUUAUCUGAUAAAAAUACAUAAAUAGUAAAAUAAUUAAUAAUAAUUUACCUAGUUAUCUCGAAUGACUACGAAGUAGUAUUAUGAAGUAUGUUUUGUUUACCUUUAUUCACACUCGUACAGACAUUUCAAUUUAUUUAACAAUGGAUUGUACAAAUACCUAAUAACAUAAAUAUUAGGCUUUGCCUUUAUUAUAUUAGUGAUUAAUCUAGUUUUAAGUAGAUUCAAUAAAGAGAUUUUUCAAUUUAGAAAUAACAUUGUUUAUUUUCAUGCUUGUUACUGUGCUCUGGAUCUACUGUAUAAAAGAAAGAUACUAAAUUAUAGUCAACAACACAAACAGACUAAAGUACAUUUUGUUACUGCGACCAUA